AGGCCAUGCCCACAGCUAAAGUUGAUGGGCAGCAGUUUUACUUCACGGCUGGGCAAAGAAAAUCCGUUAAGCUUGUCUAUGGUGGCUACCAGUACGUCAAAUUCAUGGAGAAUUCUAAGGGCGUUAAGUGGAUUUGUUCAACCAGAUCUACCACUAAAUGCAAGGCACGCGUACGCACUACAAAAAAUGCUGAACUUGAAGUGCUCCAUGAAAAGCACAAUCAUUCAUUUAUCCAAAAGAGAUAUGCACGAAAAGUGGAUGACUUGGUGGAGACUAAGCUUAACAUCAACCACGAAAUUAUGCCAACAAACAUCUCUUCAAAUUAAGGUACAUAGUAUAGGUAGAAAACCGAUUAUAAUACAUUUAAAAAUAGGGCUCGGAUCAUACAAAUAGGGCAACUCAUCAAUUGCGUUUUGUGCGUGAUUAGGUAUCUGUCAUAAGGAUAUUUUGUUUCUAGAAACUAUGCCAAAUUUAAGUACGGUGUGUGGCACUGUAAUCCGAACAGCUAUUGUUUGAAAUAUUUUAAGUGUUUACUCUUUUUGUUGAUUUAUUAUGAGAAAAUAUAAACUAUAUUCUAACAAAGGCAGUAUAAAUUCAACGAUCAACACUUUUUAAGGAAUUUGAUAAUUAAUGAAAUUUUCAAACCGUUAAUUAGAUUUCGGUGUAUAGUUGAAGUCGCUAGUAUUAAGUUUAGAAGCUGUGAGAUGACUCGCUUGACAGCCUUGCAUAUUUUCUCUAUAGAAAACAAAUAAAAAAAUUACAAGAACGGUUUAAGUUAGUAUAUGUGACUUAUUAUUUAAAAAUAAUCGAUAGAGAUCUGAAAGCUUAGUUACUGAAAAUCAUUUGGCAUGGUCUUUCUAAUAUUUAGUGAACUUUCUUAAAUUUAACGACACAUAAAAAUUGUGGGUGUAUCCCUACCGAUUUCGUACAUUUUAGUGAAAACUUGGAACUUAAGUUUGGAUGUAUCGGAGGAUGAUUUCCAAGAGGAGAUUGAUAUUCUCUUAUUAAGAUUAGUUCAAAAUUUAUGAGUUGUAUUGUAAUGAUUUAUUAUAAGUUAGUUAAAUAGCUUCCGAAUUGCGUAUUUAAUAAUAAAUAAAGGCUUGUUUAUUAUG